AUGGCGCCUCAGCCCUUGGGUGCGCCCUCUAUCCGAGUGACCCGCGAGACCGAGCAGCCCUUCCCUGGAGCCUCAGACAACGAAAUACUCAGCGCCGCGUCUGCCCCACCCAGCCCCACGCUCACUCCACGGGACCGUGCGGAGCCAGAAGCAGGAGGCUGCCAAGGGGCUGCAAGGAAGCUGCGCGCGCGGCGCGGAGGGCGCAGCCGGCCCAAGAGCGAGUUGGCGCUGAGCAAGCAGAGACGGAGUCGUCGCAAGAAGGCCAACGACCGCGAGCGCAAUCGGAUGCACAACCUCAACUCUGCACUCGACGCGCUGCGCGGUGUCCUGCCCACCUUCCCCGACGAAGCGAAGCUCACCAAGAUCGAGACUCUACGCUUCGCACACAACUACAUCUGGGCGCUGACUCAGACGCUGCGCUUAGCGGACCACAUCUUCUAUCGACCGGAAGCGCCCGCGGCGUCCUGCGCGGAGCUGGGCAGUCCAGAGGGCGGCUCCCCUGGGGACUGGGGCUCCCUCUACUCCCCGGUUUCCCACGCUGGCAGCCUGAGCCCCGCCGCCUCUCUAGAGGAGCGUCCCGGGCUGCGGGCGCCUACCUCUCCAGCCUGCCUGCACUCCGGCGCCCUGGCGUUCGCAGACUGCCUGUGA